GAUAGCGCUUUUCAUGACCCCUGAGGAGAAAGCCAGCAGGAGGUAUCUGUCUCCAGGAGCAGCACUAACACCUCUUUCCAGAGGACUCAUCUGAGGCUGCAAACAUGGAAUUAUCACACAGCACCUUUUGGCAGAGAACGGAUGAAGGGCGAGAGUGAAGACUUAAUCUGCAGGUGCUCUGUCCUCUGCUGUGAUCCAUUGUGUGAGCCAUUGCCUGUGAGAGUGUGAACUCCCUGUGGGCCCAUCUGGGAUCUUACUGGGCAAAUUGGUGCAACUCGGAGGCAGAAGUUCUUCUCAUGGAUCCAAACAUACAGGGCUCUUUCCUGUUCAACAACAGCCUGAACCAGUUUCCCUCAGACCUCAAGGCACCAGUGUGCCAGUACUCAGUGCCCAACUCUUUCUACAAGCUCAACCCGGGCCUGAACAGCCAGCUGCCUGCAGGGACCCCUCACGGCAUCAGCGACAUCCUCAGCCGCUCCAUGGUGGGAGUGAGCUCCACUGGCACCACCACCCUGCUGUCUGGAUACUCCACCAUGGGUGGGUUCGGCCCCUCCGUCACCAGCGCAGGGAUGUACUACAACCGAGAGUACAACUCCUCGCUGGGCGGCUUCUCCAAGCCCGGCGCCGAGUGCCCCAUGAAGGGUCGCAGUGUGAGCUGCUGGGCAGAGAGCGGCUACGACUGGAGAGGAGGAAGGCAGCAGUGCCCUAACAGUAGUGGUCCUCUGGUGGAGAUGUCAGGCAGGAAGAAGCACACCAGACCAACGUUCAGUGGACAUCAGAUAUUCGCUCUGGAGAAAACCUUUGAACAGACCAAGUACCUGGCAGGGCCUGAGAGAGCGAGACUGGCUUAUUCCCUGGGCAUGACUGAAUCACAAGUCAAGGUGUGGUUUCAGAACCGACGCACCAAAUGGAGGAAGAAGAGCGCCUCGGAGCCCAGCUCCACCCAGGCCAGCCACGUGGGUCAGGCUGGGGAAGCCUCGGAGAACGAGGUGGAGGACGAGGAGUACAACAAACCUCUGGACCCCGACUCAGAUGACGAGAAGAUACGACUGUUGCUGCGCAAACACCGCAGGGCUUUCUCCGUCCUGCGCCUCGGACCACACCAUGUCUGACACACACACACACACACACACACACGCAGGGGAAUAUGCAGACCCACAUGCACAUUUACUAGCACGCACAUCCACUGACACACACUUCUUAGCAGACAUGCAUGUUGAAAAAAAAAGUGUGGAGGGGGAAAGGUAAUAAUUUUCCAUGCUAAAUUUAAUCAGUGACCAUUUAAGCAUGUGCAGAGGAGGUGAUUUGAGUUUAGCUGACGAAAGGACAUCUAAGGGAUUAAAGGUUGGGCUGUGAAAUGAAAGUGAAAAAGAUGUAUACUUUUUUAAGUGGGUGUAAGAAAAAAAAACUCUGUUUUAUCCCUAUGCUGGAAUAUGACAGGAUUAUUCAUCAUAUACAUCAUUUUGUAAAAAGAUAUUUAUGAAAAUUAAAUGAUAAAACCUGCAUGAUGCUCUUCAUAACAUGUACUGAUACAAAACACAGUAAAACAUUAUGUUACUAAAUGGUUCUCUCGUUUUGAGCAUUUGCUGCUGUACGACCAAUCCCAUCACAAAUUCUGAUUUGAUCAAUGUUUGUGUUUAUUUGAACUCUCACGUCAUACAGUUUUGUGACCGCACAACACUCUGGUUGUGUGCUCUGAAUAAAGAUGGGAGUGUGG